AAUAACGAUGUAUUAAAUGGCGGAUCAAAGCUAUAAAGAGAAUUAAUCUGUGAUGAUAAUUGUAUUUUAAUCGUAUAUAAUAUCAAUUAAUUAUAUUUUUAUCUAUUAUACAAGUAGUUAAGUGUAUGAUAUUUGUGCAAUCUAAUUCCAUGAGGAAACUUUAGUUGAACGCCGUCGUUGUAAAAAUGGCGUCAAUCAAUGUUUGAGGCAAAUUAAACCAAAAUAUAAGAUGACUAUAGAGACAUGUUUUUGUGAUGAAUUUAUAAUCUAUAAACAUUUGUAGCGUUGCAAAUGGUUACAGCAGUACAAUGUCGAAUUCAGUUUUCAAAGAUUGUGAACCUCUCAAAGAGGAUACAAUGGUAAUCCUUGUAAAUCACGAUGGUUCCAUAUCUGUCGAUCAUAACAGUUUGCAGUCAUUAUUAACUAACAAAUCUGCAUCCACUUCAAUAAACGUAGUGCGUGUUUCAAAUAAUGACAACAUUGGUGCAGCCAAUAAAGAUAAUGAACUCAAUAUAGGGGUUGAUAAUGCGGAGAUUAACAGCACAAUAAUGCCUGAAGUUCAUUUUACACUAGAAAGUUAUUAUUCACCCGAAGAGUCAAGAACGAUAGCAGCAAAUAUAAUGAAUUUCCAAGGAGAUGUUCCCAGUAGUACACCCCUAUCAUUGGAUACAACAGAUUUCAAUUUGUUUGUAAUUAAAAAUGACCAUUGCUAUACGCCUCUUACUUCUCCAAGUCAAAAAUUACCUGUAAUAAUUGACAGUCCACCUAGUACAGUUUCAGAUGAUCCCAAGAGACGUCAGUCAGAAGUAAUCAAACUGCCCACCAAAGAUGUUAAAAGGAACUUGUAUAAUACUAAAUUAUCAAAGCCUGCCCAUAAUCAAAAUGACAUUGUUCUAUUAAAACCUCCAAUUCCUAUAUCCAAUGUUAAAAAAGGUCAAGAACUACAAGAUCGGUCACAAGAAGAUUUACAAACCUUAUUAGAACAAGAUGAUUUUGAUUCUGAGCAUAUGCCUUCAAGUGAAAGUGCAUCAUCAGAUGACGGCAGUGAUGCUGAUUUUAAUAUUAAUGAAAGAAGAUCUGCCAAGUUGAGGAGGGGAACUAAAGGUUUUAAAGGAUCAAGCAUGACUAGAACUAAAUCCAUAAAAAAGCCGAAACGACGAAAAUCAAUGGCAAGUGCUCAACAUUUAGAAGUAGAAUCCAUGUUGCAGGCAAUGGAAGGUGGAAAUGUAUGUUUAGCUAAACCUACAUCUAGAAGACAUUCCUUAAAUGUCACUAAAUCAGUGGUAGAAAAGAAAAUUAAACCUAAACCUGUAAAAAUUUCAAAAAUGAUUAAAAAGGAGAAAACACCCCCAUUAGAGAUUGCAAAGUCUAUUUCACCAGAGCAAGUGUUAUUAGAAACUCCAAAAGCGAAUGAAGAAUCAAAGGUUAUUUCAAAAGCUCAAGCAAAGAAAGAUAAAAAGCCACCUGCUCAUGUCACUGAAGCUUUAUUUAGUGAUAUGACAUCUUUGUUUUCAUCUCCUGAUAUAAUUAAAAAAGUUUCAACACCUCCUGGAAGGCUAUCAAUGGAUCAGAGGAAAAGUAUUGACAGUUGCUCGGAAUCAACUAGUAUGCUUAUGAAAUCUGAUAAAGUUGAAAAACAAAAACAAAACAAAGAUACAACAGAAGAUUUUAUUUCAAUUUCAUCUAAAGAGAGUACAUACAGUUUAUGCGAGUCAACUGACAAUAAUCCAAAGCAUUUGGAUUUUAUUGAUAAAUUUAUUAAUGGGAGUAGCUUCCCAGAUCAGAAUAGUAGUUUAUCUGUACCACCUAUCACUUCAUUGCCAAGCCUUGCUAGUAUUUUGCAAGCCAGUGGUGCAACUGAGGCAGAAACUAACAUGGAUGAGGCUACACUUCUAAGCAAUGUUGUUGGUGUUAAUUUACUUGAUUCUCCAAAUAAAAUUCCUAAUCCUUUAGAAGCAGUUAGCAUACAAGCAUUAACUAAUAGUGACAUUCCAGAUUCUGGUCCAUUAUCUGCAGUUAGUGCAGGAUCUUUAGAUUUAGAAGAGAACACUUUGUUAGAAAGUUUGCAUAAUGUUGGUGAGGAUAUAAGUGAGGAUUUCCUUAUGCAUAUUACACAAACACUGGUUGAGAAUAGUGAUAUCAAAGCUGUCAUUGACAAACAAUUAGAAAAUCCGACAACAAUUGAACAACCUGCCUCUAUUACCCCAACUAUUCCUCCAACAGUAGUGACCCCUAAACCUAAACCUGUAGAGUCACCAUUUGUAAAAUUGGCUCAAGCCAAACUUGCAAGCAAAGAAGCAGCUAUGGCAAGAAAGGAGCCCAUUCAGAUUGUACGUAGUGAUGGUCGCAUUAUAACAUUGCCUCCCAUUGAAGCUCCUGCUACAAGAUCAAAGAGAAAAAAUCAAGUGACUGCAUCAGUUUCCAAUAGUGUAACUCCAGUGACUAAACUUAUUACACCUGCUGUGACUUCAUCUAAGAUAGAUAAUAUAGUUAGCACUAAAAAGGCUGAUUUAAUUCCUGUAACUGUUAAAAAAGUUGUACCAGAGGUACCUAAAAAACGUGCAAGAACUAAUAGUAUGCAUAAAUCUGUAAUGCAACAUUCCUUACCUGAGAGCGAAGAAGAUGAAGAAGAAGACAGUGAUGCAGAGAGCUGGAGAAGUGAGGACGAUCCUGAUAGACUAUGGUGUAUAUGUCAACAACCACACAAUAAUCGAUUUAUGAUUUGUUGUGAUAAAUGUGAAGAUUGGUUUCAUGGCAAAUGUGUAAAUAUCACUAAAGCAAUGGGUCAACAAAUGGAAGAGCAGGGAAUAGAAUGGUCUUGCCCAAAUUGUGUUAAAAAGAAAGAGGUAGAUUACAACCAGACUGAAAAGGUUGCUCCUAAUAGCACUUCGGUGGGCUAUGACAUGGUACUGGGUGUUGAAUCUGCACCAACUCAUUCAGUGCCUUAUGAGAAAUCAGUUAAUACUAAUUUAAAUCAUACCACAUGCAUUGUGUGUAAAAAGGAAGCUAGAGCUAGUAGUAUCUACUGCAGUGACUCUUGUAUACUGAAGCAUGCCCAAGUCAGUUUAAGUAUAAUUAGUAAACCCCAGUCUGCAGAUAAAGAUUCUAACAAAAGUAUUCAAACAUCAACGAAGCCCAAAUUCCAAAAUAUCAUAAAAACCAAGAGUGAUAGAGUAAUUGUUUUCGAAAGAACUACUGGUAGAUGUUUAGCUGGGGAUUCUGCUCCAACAGUUGAAAAUCUAGAACAUUGGUUAAAAGAAAAUCCCACUUUUGAGGUAGUUUUGAAAUCUGGGCCAAACCAACAAAAUAUUGGAAAGAAAAUUCCAACACAAGUUAAAAACAUAGUUGACAUGAGAAAAGCUACUCCUGUAAAAAUUAACCAAAUCACAUUAAAUAAUAAAUUACAAAAGCCUUAUAAUUCUCUUAAAACAACACAAAAGCAAAUAGUUCUUAUACAACCACCAGCAAAACUACCUACACCGAUUAAACAGGCUGUUGCUAAUGUUUCAAAGCCAAGUGCCAAAGUUAUGACAAAUCAGAACAGCAGACUUAAUGUAAAUAAAACUAGUCAAGCAAUAGCUCAACAAAAUGCUAAAACUGCUCCUGCAACGCCUGUAAAAAUUCCAAUCCCAUCACCAAGAGAAAAGGGAGAGAAGCCGAGGGUAGCUGAUACAGAGCCAAUAAGAAUAAAUGUUAGGAAGACUUUAAAAGAACACUUACUGUUACGGAGUUCGGAAAAUGUGGAUAAUAAAUGGUCUCCAGAUGACAUUAAGGCAUAUUGUGAUGAAAUAGAAAAUGAAAUGUUUAAUUUAUUCAAAGAUACAGAUUCUAAAUAUAAAGCAAAAUACAGAUCUUUAUUAUUUAAUAUAAAAGACAAAAAAAAUUUUACUUUAUACAAAAAAAUUUGCGAAGGAGAUAUUACACCUAAACAAUUGGUCAGAAUGUCUCCUGAUGAACUUGCUAGUCAAGAAUUAGCACAAUGGCGAGCUAAAGAAGCAAAACACCAACUUGAAAUGAUAAAGAAAUCAGAACUAGAUCUUCUGGCCUGUGCAAAAACUUAUGUGUUGAAAACACAUAAAGGAGAAGAAAUUAUGGAAAGCCGUACUUCAGAUAUGACAGAAGUUGAUCCAACAGUAGCUGUGGAAGAUGUUGUAUCAGCUCUGAAUAAUUCUGCAGUAAGUAGUACCUCAGAGCCACCUGAAAUAGAAACAUUUGAAACACCAACAUUGCUAGAUAGGCAUAAAUUAAAAUUUGAUAAAUCAAAUGGAAGUAAACAAAUGGGCGAUCAUAAAUCCAAAGCAUCAUCACAUACCAAGGAAAAAUCUCAUAGUCGUAAUAAAUCUAGCCAUAGCACAAGAUCUAAAGAUAAAAGUCAUGACAGAGACAGAGACAAAUAUAGUGAAAGACAUAGUAAAAGUAAAGGAAAAGAUAAGAAAUUAUCCACAGAACAUAAAUCUCGUGAUAAAAGAAACUCAAAAGAAAAGUCACCUGUUACAAGGAGAGAGAGUAGUCGUAGAAAAUCAACUCGAGAAAACAUGGAGAAGCAGUCAGGCAAAAACAAAGAGAGGAAAGAAGAAAUUAAAGAAAAAGAACAAGUAAGUCAGCCUCUUAGUGAAACCAUGAAAGAUGAUAGUAUUCUAUCAAUUGCUGAUCAUACUCAAGACAUAGAGUUGCCAAAGCCACAAGAAGAUUCAAGUGAGGAGCAGCCAUUGACAGAAGGUGAAAGCUACCAAGAACCAACAAGCACUGUAACGGAGUUUUAUGGUACAGAGCCAUCUUCAAUAGGAUUGGUUGAAGACAAGGAUGGAACUGAAAUAUGGAAUGGUGUAGUGAAUAUGGUAGAUGUUGCACAUUUUGGUGUUUUAGCCUUUCAGAUUUCAGGAGACUGUCAUGACUUGGCAAAAGAUUUGCCUGGGGUUUUAGAUAUAGUUGGACGAAUCGGUUUUUCUACUGUCUGGGAAUAUAUAGCUAAAAUGAAAACUUCUAAUACAAAAGAUAUUAUCGUUAUACAAUUAACUCCCAUAAAUGAAGAGGAAAGAGUACCUUAUGUUGGGCUAUACACAUAUCUGAGUACAAGAAAAAGGCUUGGUGUGAUCAAGCAAACUAGUUCAGCCAUAAAGGAUUUUUAUAUUUAUCCAUUGGGUAAAAAGGAUUCUAUUCCAACAGUACUGCUACCUUUAUCAGUAAAUGAAAAUAGUAAAGAAAUCUUGCCAAAUACAUUACUAGGAAUUAUAGUACGAGCUAGAAGAAAACGGCCAGCGAAUAUGCUAUCAUUGCCAAUGCCAACAACUGCUAAGAUUUCGCGAAAGUUGGUUUCUCCUCCUCCAAAGCCAUUCUCAAAUAACAAAAGGUUAACUGAAGAUCAAGGAUAUACACCCCCAACAAGUCCUAGACCAGGCAGUUUAAAAAAGCUUAUACCUAGUGCAAGCUCAGUCAAUUUGCCACCAUUAACCGAUCAUGUUAAAGAAAAAAUUGCAGCCAGUUUAGCAGCAUCUACAGCAGAAGAUGAACCAUAUAGCCCUGGCGGCAGUGACAAUGGUGAGACAGAUUUGCUGGGCACCACAAUUAUUAAGCCAACAUUAGAAGCAGAUCUAUUAUAUAUUCCUUCCGAGGAGCCCUCAGAAAUAGAGAAAAAAAUGGAAGAGUUGAAUAGACGAAUAGAAGAACAGAAAAAGCAAAUUCAAUCAAUGAGCGCUGGAAUCAUUGGAACACAUCAGGAUCAAUUGGAUGAACAUUAUUCACCUUCGAGGCCUGUCACUCCAGAUAAUACUUCAAUACCUGCUCUAGAAAACAUAUCUUUACCUUCCAAUUUACAAGAGAUCUUAGCAAGUAUUCAAAGUAAGACCACUAACCAGCCCUCAUCUACUUCGUCUUACUUGCCUAUGACUCCUGAAGCUGUGGGAAUCGGAAUUGAAGACAAAUAUAGUCCAACUGCACCAAGUUCCUAUCUACGGGAUAAACGGGAAUUCGAUCUUGCAAUAAAUUCACAUCAGGGUUAUAAUUUAGGUAUAAAACAUUUAAAAAAUCAAAUUGUAGGUCAACCAACUAGUGAUGUUUCAUUAUAUACAAAUAAAGAUAACAGUUCAAAUUUAAAAUCAAUUAAUCAAACAGAUGUAUCUUUGAACUUACCACUUAGCGAUAUUGAUGAACGUAAAAGUUCACAAAUAUUUGCUGAUGUUGAUGAUAGAAUUGCAUUUAAACUGCCUUUGAAAGAUGUAGACGAGCGGUUUCCGCCUAAACUUAUAAAUGAUGAUAUGUCACUUAUAAAUACUACCAAUCCUAUAUUAAAUGUUCCACCCUUAGUUCAUAAGUAUCAAAUUCCCCCGCCACCUAUCACUAAGCCAAUGAGUAAAUUGGCUCAGUUAAGUGAGGAAGAGCUCUUGAGUAUGGUGCCAGAUGAUAUAUUAAGUAGUCCUAGUGUAACAUCUGUUGAUAAAAUGUCAACUAGCAAUAAUUGUUCUGACAGUUUAGGAAAAGCUAAAUUAGGUUCUGUUACACAGGCCCCCAUAUUGUAUAACAAACCUCCCCCAGUCAUGUUGAAAGAUAUUUCUUUUUCACAAGUGACUGCAGAGCUACCUAUUAAUACAGGAACUUCAAAAAGAGCUAAAUUAGAACAGCCUCCGCCUCCUGGCAUCGAAUCAUUUUUUGAAGAAGGUGACUUAUAGGUUAAUGUAAAGUUU